AUGAGCAUCAACUUGGAGCUGAUCUUGGGCUUUAAGGUUAAGAUUACAAAUGUCCUUGAUGGUGUUACCGUCGGACGGAUCUAUUCCUACAACUCAUCGAAUAAUACAAUUACUUUAACCAUGUCUGGGAAAUCUAAUCAUCGACAACAAUUCAAGAUCAUCAAAGUCUCUUUCAUCAAGCGAUUAGACGUUUUGUCGGACCUCAAACAAGCAGAGAGCUUUCGAAAAGAUUUACCUAAACCUAAUGAGGUUGAUAUCAAGCAAGUUGAAGAGAGCCUUCAGCGUGAGAUCAAGCGUGCUCAGGGCAGAAGUAAAUUGAUCGGUAAAAACGUUACUACUGAGGGCCAAUAUGUGUUUGAUGCUGUACAUAAGAGUAUCAGCAAAUCUGAGUGGAAUGGGAAAACCAUUGUUGUCUUAGGAGAAGUGUUGAUAUAUCCUCCUUAUCUGCCCAAGAAUAUAAAACCUUUAGGUGAUGCUACUAUACAGUCUUUUGCAUGGGUGACGAAAAUCGUUGAAGGCGCAUGGAAGAAAUUGGAGAGUGAGGAGAAGGGUGGUUAA